AUGACGCAUCUACUCCCACCGAUGCUGUUAAACCUGUUCGCCCCGCGGCCGCCGCUGCGCUGGGUUGAGCCUACAGACCACGCGCCAGAGAAGCGCUGCACGCCCAAGAUAUCCGGCGUGGGGCAGUACCUACAGGCGAUGAGAGACUACAAGGACCAAGACAACUACGUACCAACCGACAGCUGGCUGCAGAAGCGCGAUCGCAAGAAGCUUGAAAAGAAGGAGAAACAGGAGAAGCUGCUCACAGAGGGCAUUCAAAACUAUAAACCCAGUGAAGAUCCAAAAGUCCAGGGCGACGCCUUCAAGACACUUUUUGUGUCGCGCCUUGCCUAUGGCGUUACCUCGGACGACCUUGAGCGCGAAUUUGGCCGCUACGGUCCCAUCGAGCGUAUUCGCAUCGUCGAAGACAUCACUGCGCCACCCGAUGCGCCACCCAAGAAGCGAAAGCGUGGUUACGCCUUCAUCGUGUACGAGCGCGAAAAGGAUAUGAAGGCUGCCUACAAGGAAACCGACGGUAUUAAGAUCAAGGAUCGUCGCGUACUUGUCGAUGUUGAGCGCGGUCGCACAGUCACUGGAUGGCGUCCACGUCGCUUUGGUGGCGGAUUGGGUGGUCGAGGCUACACCAAAGGCCCUGCCGCUCGCGGACCUGCUGGACCAGGAGGCUUCGGUCCUCCAGCUGGCCCUGGCGGAUUCGGAGGUCGUGGGGGUGGAUUCGCUGGCGGGUUUGGCGGGCGCGGUGGAGGUGGUGGCCGUGGCGGCUUCGGUGGUGACCGGGGUUUCCGUGGAGGAUUUGGCGGCGGUGGCCGAGGUGGCGGAGGCGGAUACGGUGGUGGUCGAGGAGGUAUCGGCUAUCAAUCCAACGGCUACGGCCCACCAGAUGGUGCACCUGCUGGGCCACGCGGUCCACGAGGAGCUGGUUUUGGUGGUGAUCGAGGAAGCGGAGGCGGUUUCGGUGGCGACCGUGGAGGCGAUCGCUAUGGAGACCGACGUUCCGGUGGCGGCGGUGGAGGCUAUGAUCGCGGUUCCAGCGGUGCCAACAACGAACCCCUCGGCAGAAGCGAUCGAUACCAAGACCGUGGGCACAGUGGAGGAGGUGGCCGCGAUGGAGCUCGAGACGGCGGCCGAGAGGACGGGUCGCGGAAACGUGGGUAUGAAGGCGACAGCUACGACGAUCCGAGGACACGAAGGAGAUACUAG